AUGUUAAAAUGUUUUGUGCUUAUUUGUCGCAAGGAAAGGGAAGUUGAAAGUGGUGCUCAAAGAUGCUGGAACUUCAUAAACGCUGGGAAGGUGCGAGUGCUUAGCGUCACAAGCAAGAAGUGCAGCGGAGGGAUACAGACAUGUGGUAAAGUAGAAGCUACCUCAUUGCAUUCAGAAAAAAUCCAGAUGGAGAGUAAUCCGAGGGAGAAUUGUGUUAAAAAAAUUAAUGAAGAAUAUCGAAAGGUGCAACAGCUGAUCCCACUUCAUGACAACGAAUUACAAAAAAUAAGAAAUGUCUUAAUUCGAGUUAUAAAUGAUAAUGAGUUACUACACCAUAUUGUGCAUACAUACAAAAUACCUAGUUUUUUUUUAUUAGACAAUGAUGUGAGAAAUCAUUUUUUGCAAUAUCUCAUAGAAAACACAAGUCAUUCAUAUGAUUUGAGGGAAUUUUUGCUGAAUGUAGAGAGAAAUGAAACAAAGAAAGAAACAAGAGAUUGCUUUUCCCAUAUGGUAUCGAGUGAAGAGAAGGAGAUAAGUGAAAUGUCACAGGAAAGGAGAAGCACAUUCAAGGAAUGCAUGAUGCCAUAUGAAAAAGUUUUAAAUAUUUUUCUGUCUUUUAUAAAAAAAUAUUACUACAAGCAGUGGAUUUUUUAUGAACAUGUUAAGAGAAUAUGCGACUUUAGUGAAUUGAGUACACUUGUAAAAAAUAAAAAAAAAGGAAGAAAAUUACACUUGUACAUUGGUCCAACUAAUAGUGGGAAAACAUAUGAAGCUUUCAAGAAAUUAUGUAAAUCAAAUAAUGGGUUGUAUUGUGCUCCUUUAAGAUUAUUAGCAUGGGAAAUACACAAAAAAUUGAUUAAAUUAAAUAAAGUUACUAAUUUAUUAACAGGUCAGGAAAUAAUUGAAAAAAAAAAUCCUUCACACACAGUGUGUACAAUAGAAAUGACUCCAUUGAAUAGAAAUUAUGAUUGUGUUUUAAUUGAUGAAAUUCAGAUGAUUAGCAAUGAUACAAGAGGAUACUCUUGGACAAACGUUCUUCUAAACGUAAAUUGUGAAGAGAUAUAUUUAUGUGGAAGUGAAAAUGUCGUCAAUUUAAUUAAAAAUCUGUCUGACCUUCUACAUGAUGAAUUGAUAAUAAAGCGAUUCAAAAGAUUAACCAAAUUACAUGUACAGGAAAAUACAGAGGAUUUGAAAAAUCUCAAGACAGGUGAUUGUGUAAUAACCUUUUCUCGAAAUAACAUAAUGUUGUUGAAGCAUCGAUUGGAAGGGAUGAAUAAAAGAGUUUUUAUAAUUUACGGGUCCUUGCCCCCUGAGUCGAAGAAAAAACAAAUUGAACUCUUCAAUUGGUACUGUACAGAGGAGAAUAAAACGGUUGAAGUUGGAGCAGGAGGAGAAGUAGAAGAGGGAGAAGUAGAAGAGGGAGAAGUAGAAGAGGAAGAAGUAGAAGAGGAAGAAGUAGAAAAGGAAGAAGUAGAAAAGGAAGAAGUAGAAGAUGACCGCGAAGAAAGAAUGAGACUCCAGGACCACCGAGGUAAAUAUUCAAGGUUAUCCAAAUCUAAGAAGGAAACUAUAUUAAUCGCAACGGAUGUUAUAGGUAUGGGGGUGAAUAUCAACAUAAAAAGGAUCAUAUUUUAUUCUUUGCAGAAAUUUGAUGGAUAUAAGUUAAGAUAUUUAAGUAUUUCAGAAGUACUACAAAUAUCCGGAAGAGCUGGAAGAUUUUACCAGGAGUCCACAGAACCCAUAAAUGGUUAUGUUACUUGUGUACAUUCGCAUGAUUUACACAUUGUUAAAAGAAUAUUUAGGGGAGAAAACAUUGGUGCGCCCAUUGAAAGUAGUGUGGAGAAGGACGAUAUUGGAAAUCUCUCUACUGACAUGAUGGCUCAAAGAGAAGGGAAAAACAAUACAUGCGCAGAUGUACAAGAUAAUUGGAAUAAUCCUUAUGUAGAUACAUCACAUAUUUUACAAUCAAAAAAUGAGAAAGUUCUGCAAGAUGUUGUUACUAAAUUAAAUGGGAAUAGGAACAGUUUCUUCGAUACUGAAACAUUAAGUGUGAGAAUUGACCCCCCCCAAUUGGGCAGUAUAAGAGGGGACAAUUCUGCAGAUUCAUUUUUUAAUCUUAAAGAAAGGAAGGAUUCGUUUACACGUGCAGGAUAUUUUCCUGAUUUUAAUAUGAUUGAUAAAUUAAAAAAAUUGUUAGAAUUUGAACACAAGGCUAAAAUUGAACUACAUGAAAUUUUGCAAAUACUGGUGGAUUAUGUAAAAAUAAAUGAUGUCUAUUUCUUUCUUACAAAAAAUUAUAACCAAAUGGUAUUUAUUGCUAAAUUUUUAAAGAAUUCAAAGUUGGACACCAAAAUACUCUUUGCAUACACAUUAUCCCCAAUAAAUAUAAAUAACGUUAAUAUGUUAACUGCAUUGAAAACAUUUGCUAUGUGUCAUGAGAUAUUAGGUUUUGUGGAUUUUUUUCAAUGCAUAAGUCGAGACAUGGUUGUUAUUCCUACUAAUGAAGUGGAGGGUGUUAAAGGUGCUGAGAACAUAAAGGGAGAAUUAAGCAACUUAGAUCUGCUUACCAGUGGGUUACUAUUUCAUGGGAACACCAUCAAUGGAGAAGCCACUAACGGAAUCACUGAUGGGGUUCGCAAUGAGAUUAGCGGUAAACUUCGAAAUGAGGUUUUGUGGGGAAAGCAUCAUACAGCUGGCAUGGAGGAACCAAGGAGCUGCAGCUUCUUUCCCAGCUCUAAUUACAUACAGGAGCUGAUGGAAAAAAAUACAGGUUGUCUGAAUUUCCCAUUAGAUACAAAUGUUUUAUUUUCUUUACCUGAGGACAAGAGUGUGACCCAUCGAAUCGUUCCACAGGAUUUGAACCCACCAAACAUAGGGUUCUAUGAAUACAUCAGUGUACUUGAGGUAUAUUAUGAAAUAAUCGACCUGUACUGCUGGUUACAUACAAAGUUUCCUAAAAUUUAUACAAAUAUAGAUUCAGUAAAUGACGAAAAAAAAAGAGUUUCCAAUGCAAUUAUACAUAUAUUAACAAAAUCGUUAAAAGAGGUGAAGCAAUAG